AUGCCCAGCGCCGGCAUCAUCUUGAUGACCGUGGUAGGCAUAACCACAUCAAUUGGCGCCUACCUCGCCGACUGGAACGAAACACACAUAUACAACCCGCGGUGGCCCCCACAUGCCAAGUUCCACAAUGGCCAGACCAUGUCCAUGGGUCUCGUGCUCGGCUUGACGACUUUAUACUAUCUCUACCGCGGUGCCUCCACGCCAGAUAUCAAAAGUCACUAUGUCCAUACUGCGGCUUGGACGGGUAGCAUCUACUGGAUUACUCAACUGAGCGCUUUUCUCUACCCUGGGAGUUUGGCGGUUGAUCCUGAGUUUGGCACUUUUGCUCCGCAGGUUUAUAUUGCUAGUAGCAUGCUUACAUUUGCUUUUGUUGGGUUGCUUCUGGAAAGAGCGAGACUGGCGUCUCUUUUGGAUGGAGGGAAGGAUUCGAAGAAAUCGUCUUGA